AGAUUAAAUCCAAAUAAGAAAUUUACUUUAUCAGGUGUUAUUUUAUUUGAAUUAGAUUUGGAAUGUCUUGAAACAUGUCAAGAUAAUAGUGAUAGGCAAUUAAAACCUUAUUUACAUCUCAAAUCUGAAUUGCAAAAAAGCUAUUGUUUAAAACAACUAGCUUCAGACAUUUAUUUUUGUUCUAAGAAGCUGUUAGAAGAACAUCAAUUUUUUGAUACAAAUUUAGAUUAUAUUGAACUUAAGGUUCUCAAUGAACAA